UGUUAAACUAAAUAGUCUGUACAAUUUGUUAAAUAUAAGUGUACCGCUAUACGAAGUGCGAAAUGGGAUUAUUUGGCAAAACCCCUAGCAAAGACCCCAAAGAACAGGUUAAAUGUCAAUCCGCUAUUGUUUGAUUUAUCUUUUGCGCGUUAACAACGCCAUUUGAUGGUCACGACAGGAUCAAAUCAGUUUCCGGCUAUGCAACGAUUGUACAUAUCAAAGGGUCAUGCAUUCAUAUCGGUCUACUCGGUGUGCACGAAACUGAGCCUCGAGGAACUGCGACCCAUCUGGGCGCUCAUCAAGGAGCUAAAGGGCGAUGUGAACUCCAUACCGGUGAUGCUUGUGGGCAAUAAAUGCGAUGAGAGCACCGAGCUGCGUGAGGUGUCACAAAUCGAGGGUCAGGCUCAGGCGACCAGCUGGAGUAUAUAAUUUAUGGAGACAUCAGCCAAAACCAAUCACAAUGUGACCGAGCUGUUUCAGGAGCUGCUCAACAUGGAGAAGACGCGCACCUAUAUAUAUAUAUAUACCACACACACUCUCACACACAAACACAUACACAGAGACACAUACAUACACACACAUUCGUGUAUCCCAAAAUGAAAAGCCAAAGUACCUACUUAAAAGACAUACAAUUUUAUCUACUUAUGUACUAACUACUACUAACUACUAACUAACGAUAAACCGAUUACUAAAAUAAUUACAUCAAAUCCCAUUUCACAAAAAAAAAAAAAAAAAAAAAGAACACAGAAGAGUCGAGAACAGUACUAUUCUGGAGCAUUUGUGGCGAUAUGAUAUCGAGUGUCCUUCGGGAUAUGGGUCCGUUUCGUUGACUGCAAAAUGUCUCUUUUCUGACUAUCAAUAAAUUGCUGUAUAACUAUUUACCACCAAACCAAUUUAAACAAAAUUGAAAGAAAAUGCCUAAGUAAUUGCAUCACUUAUAUUGUAUGUAUAAAAUAAUAAUACUCACUCUCAUACCCAGCAUGUUGAUGAUCGAUAAUGAUCUGCAGAAGGGGCGCUGAAAAUAUUGCGUGUUCAUUUCUUAACGAUUGUUUUCAUUAGGAAAGAUUUAAAGGAGAAGAUUUACAAUUAUUUGCUGAACUUUAUUAACAUUUAAAGUAUAAUGCAAAUGGAAAUUAGCUUUAGUCAAAAUGGAUAAGCUCUUAACCAACAUUUUGAUAGCGGACCAAUUUGCGUAUAAGAUUUCAGAAAUCAAUUUAGAUAAACUCUCUCAGUUUGCCAUAGAAAACAAAGCAUG